AUUUUCAACUCGGGUUCCAUUCGGCUCGUCGUCACCUUGAGGAACUCGUCUGUGGAUGUAACCCUCUUCGCAACUUAUUGAAAACGCAUCGUCACUGAGCAAGAUCUGUGGUGCUCGUCACGUUCAAAAAAGUGUCAAAGAUGUUCGUACACCACCACAAGACAAAUACACUGAGGCCAAAAUUGUCCAAUGAGCUCACCAAGCGAAGUCCAAAUUUACCUCUCGUCCGAGCGGUUAAGCGGUAUUGAACCUCAUCUAAGCGGAGACGUGUUCAGUUCGUUCUGCGCCUGUCAGCAAAGUGGCCGUCUGCGAUGCCUUCGUCUCCUACGAAGCUUCGUGGUCCGACGGUGACCACGUCGCUAGAGCAAGAAGACGUCGAGCAGCUCCGUUCCCUUUCGGUAAGCGACAUCGACGACAGCAAUGACAUCGAAGUGAUCAGCACAACCGAAGCGGACGAAGACGUGCCACGAGACUCACGUCGAGAGGAGGAACAGCCCAUGACGAAGGAGAAACGACUCGCUUUCAAGCAGCUGGAACGUUGGCGAGCCGCUAUGAAGAAGAAAUCCAAGAGACUUGGUCGCAGAAGUGUCCGAUGGAACGCCAAGACCCAAGCGUACGACGACGAGGAGAUUGAAUUCGACAAUCUCUUCGGUACUAGCAGCACCUUUGGCAAAGAGCUGCAAGUCGUGAGCUAUCCAUUCCCGAUCUGGAUCUUCGGAGUCUUGAUCAUGCUCGGAGCUUCCGUCUUCGUCCACAGUGUGCACCAGAGAGACGACGAGGACGAGAAACCGCACCAUGUCACGUGGUGGAAAUACCUCGUUGCAGUCGUCAUCUACAUCUUGGGCUUCGCACUCAUCGCCAACGGCCGAGUCGAGACCUUCUACAUGAACAAAGAGACGUCUCGACUCUCGGUGCGCUCCAACAAGCCGCUGUGUCUGAGUACUCGCUACAUUCGCUCAGUGGAGCGCGAUAUGCGCCACGUCACGAACAUUCGCGUCGAAACCACUGGAGAAUACAGUGGAGACGUGGACACUCGGACGUACAAAGUCCACUUUGACUUCGACGAUGGCUCGCACGUGUCGGCGCUUGAGAGUCGCUCCAAACAGAAAACCAUGCGUCGUUGCCGGCACAUUAAGGCGUUUGUAGCAGCCUCUUCCGCUCCGAUUGCUUCGAUACGCUCGGCGUCGGAACAUUUCCCCUCUGCGAUGAAAGGACCAGGCUCUCCACUACGUCAAAACCGCACUUCACCGGCCAAGUUAAGUCUUGAGUAA